AUGGCUUUUGCUCAAACCGAUAAUCUUUUGAGCCCUUACAGAAAGUUUCUCGUUGAACUUUCAUCGUACAUUUCAGGUAACGAUUUGGAGACCUUGAAAUUUGCUGUUGUAGAUUUAAUUCCACGCAGGAAAACGGAGGACGCCAGCAGUGGAUUGAAGUUAUUUGAUAUAUUGGAACAAGAUUUAAGAAUAUCACCGGGAAAUCUGUCUCUUUUGGAAGAUCUCUUCAAAACAAUUGGUAGGAUGGAUCUUGCUUUGAAAGUGCAAUAUUUUUCAAAAUCGACUUUGGCCGAUAACUCCCCCAAUAACAUAAAUGGUAAGUUGAAUAUUUUGACGAUGUUUUGGUGUUUAAUCCGGAAGCACAUCGCAUAUCGUGAAGAAAACGAGCCACCACGCUUAAGUUGUGUUCAGUGGACGUAAAAGAACACUGAAGUACAGUUGACUCCCGAUAGCUCGAACUAGGGAAAUCAAAAAAAGUACGAGUUAUCGGGAGUUUGAGUUACCGAGAGUUUGAAGCAAAUAACCGGAAAUAAGAAAAUAAGCAAAUGCAUGGAGAGGGAAUGCAAUUAAGCAACAAAGUAAACAGGAAUGGACACUGGAUUUGAAUUGAAGUGACAAAAAAAAUAAAUACAAAGAAUUGACACGGUUGCUUUGAAAUAAAUUCAAUGUCUUGGACUUCAGUACACGGGUUUUUUUUUUCCUAACUAAUGUCACGCGCUUUAUAACAUGGCUCGAGUUAUCGAAGGUAAAAUUAUAUAGAAAUGAUCUGAAGGGGAACAAAAAUUACUUCGAGUUAGCAGGAGGGUCGAGUUAUCGAGGGUAAAAUUUCAGUAAAUGUACGAAGGCUGAAUCCGGGAAAUCGACUUUGGUUCGAGUUAGCGCAAGGUUUGAGUUAGCGAGGGUUCGAGUUAUCGCGUGUCAACUGUAAAAUGAUGUUGCAAUGUUGGAACUAUGUUGUCACCUUUCGAAACAAUAUCACAACCAAUGUUGCAACGCUUAGUUUCGCUAAAAAUCGUCGUUGCGAGCAUCACCUUUAAAUGUCAAACGCUUGGCAUGGAAAUGAGGCUGUGUAUUUUAAAAUUUUGGUAAACAUGGCUCAGAUGUUCGCAUAUUAUCAGGAUGUGUUGAAUAUAAAAUACUUACUAACCAAAAAAGCAAUAACCAAAGGUUACAAAGUGCAGGCGACAUUACGAUCGAAAGUCAAAAUGCUUUUGAUCCAAUGCCGCGUGUGCUUUGUGUUGCGUAACUUUCAUGUGAUAGAUGGUUAACAACUUCUGUCACUUGUCAACGUUUAAAACACUAAACAUUCUUAUUUAAAAUGGUAGUUGAGGAAUAUCUUGAUUUCCUGACAAUGUUUUUCGCAUCCAUAGACCACAGGCAGAUCAAGUUCGUUGAAAGUGUUUGGAAGAUUUGCAACUGAAAGUUAAUCCCUGUGAUUGAUAGCGGUGUACCCUUGAUGCCUUAGUAAUGAGGUAGUUCUUGUAUUAGAUCACCUCUUGCUGGAGUACAGAACUUCGUGUUGUUAUCACACAGCUAUUGUGCUUCAGUACUUACAAUCACACAUAUAAUGUUUAUUGGGGCAAGUAAAUCUGUGAAGAUUGAGAGUGUCAAUAAAACUUUAUUUUCACCGCCCUGUCAUUUGUAGGCAUAGGUUUAUAUAUUCAAAAUGAGGCUGACAUUACAGAAUGAGAUAUAAUUGGUUAUUCAGUGGAAGUAAGAGACAAUCUUCCCAUGAAUGAAAUAAUUAUUAAUGUGCACCAUUCAGUAUUGCUUUGUAAUUGUCUCUGCAAGCCAGCUAGUUGUUAUUCUCAAACUCAGAAAACAGAGAACAUGCACCUAAAAAAUUUCAGGACUAUUGAUUGUGUAGUGACCAAUCACAUUUAAGUUCAGGACAUGCAAGCAAACCUCAAAACCACAAACUAAUUACGGCUUCAGCUGUUUGCGGUUUAGUUUUCUCAUGACUUAUCGGCUUUUUCGUCACAAGUGAACACAAUAAUAUUCCAUAAUACUAUUAGAAUUUCAACCUUUCACAAUGACAGUGCCUCCUUAGGAGUACAGUCAACUGUCUAGGAGUGCAGUCAACUGUCUCUGAGAUGGACACCUUUGGGACCGGUAUUAAGUGUCCGUCUUAGGGAGAUGUCAGGCCAUCUUCUAGUAUAGAGUCGAGUCAAACAAAGGGAGUAAAUAAAGAUUAAGGGAGAAACUCCAGGUGUUUUACAGAGGUGUCCAUCUUAUAGAGGUGUCCAUUAAGAGAGAGUCCACUGUAUACAGGAUACAGGUUGUGGCUUCAGUAGGAAAAAUGACCUUGCAAUUUAAUUCAGGGCUAUUAUAUGAGAACGGUAAAGAAAGAUACGGAGAUGGCAAUUAUUAUUCAUCUACUAGUGAGGUCUGAAAUCUGCAGAAUGUCUUCUUUGAACUACCCUAUUCCUAUUACACACAUCUUAACCCUUAGAUACCCCCCCCAGUCCCUUGACACUCACAAAUCCACCCAGCCCCAGUCAUUGUCUUCGUAAUAAACAUAAAUUGCUGGUUGAUCAUUGGCAUGGGUUGAUUUAGGGGUGUGCCACUGAAGAGGACUGCACUGCCCCCUCCCCCAUUUUCUUAGAAGUUUUCACUUGUAUCAGUUUUAAAGAAUUUUCAGUAAAAUAAAUAGUAACUAUUUUGCAGGCUAAAACAUUCUGGUUAGCCUCCCGCCCCCCGUCCCCUGCUUCAUGAAUUUUCUGGAUCAGCCCCUGUAUGGUGAUUCACCUAACUAUAGUUGUAUUGUCAAACAAUAUAUUUUCUCUAUUGUAUAAGGUACAGAGUUUGAAAAUCUGGUCACUGAUGGGGGUGGUGAUGAGGCACCGAAAUGCCAAACAGCAAAGUGUGUGGCGAAAAGUGAGUAUACAAUCUCAGGCCUAGUUCUGUUUUUAAUUGUUAAUGGAUUUUGUCUUUUUUGCAUAUUGAGUUUCCUUCCCUACUCACAGGAAAAAUAACGGAUUCCCAUUUUUGGAUAUUUUAGGGUAUUUAAAGAAUACCCAUAAAAAUCCCAAUUUGGCAAAGUGAGACAAGUCCCAACCAGGGAAUUCCCAACCAAGUUCCCUUAUUGGGACUUCCCACACUUCCAAAUUUGGGAUUUUUGUGGGUAUUCUUUAAAUACCCUAAAAUAUCAAAAAUGGGAAUCCGUUAUUUUUUCCUGUGACUAAAACUGAAAUCUGGAGAAUUUGCCUUUUACAAAGAUUACCCCCUCUUCCCAUCAACUUACCCCUUAUCCACCCUACCCUCCCCAGCUAGAUAGCCCACCUGACCUUCAAGGUCGUGACACCAGGAGCAUCUGCUGACACCCCACCAGUCCCUAACCGUUUUUAAUUUGAACUUUAUUUAUUAGUUGAUCCGUCACUACCUCCCCUUCAACUAGUGAAUUCCACACCCUUCCAUUUACUUGAGGCCUGAAAAUGUACCCCUUUCGGGCGGAGCCUCCCCGUAUAGGCCAUUAUAGGAAGUACCCAUGAGGGUCAGUCGGGUCACUAUGGUAGUUGCAUGAAGCUAGGGUGAUGAAAACCUCUGCUAUUUUCGCCGGGUAUGAUAUGGUUUUAAUUAUAUGGUCAUCCUCAUUAUUUAUAUCUAGGUGUAGAUUUUGAAGAUGUGGUCACUGACGGGGUUGGUGAUGAAUCAGAGAGUGAUCCUAAUGACCGAAUGGCAGAUUGUGUGGACAGAAGUGAGUAUACAAUGUCAGGCUGCCCCUGUUGCUGCCUUUGCGUUAUUUUGCUUGCGUAUCGACCUUGACCCUCCCCAUGUAUCCGACGAAAAAGGUCACCAGAGGUACAACUUUUUGAAAGCUUACUCCAGAAUGGAUAUGUCUGACAACACCAUUUACCUGUUAACGUUUACUAGAUGAGCAAAAACGUCAAUUUUCGAAAACGAUGACGUCAAGGAUUUAGUGCGUGAAAAUAAUAUUGUACUGCUCCUUGCACUUGCGCCACGGACCUCUGGCAUAUCUUAAGUUUAAUUCUCUCGUUUUAGUAGUUAACAGAUCAAGGAAAUCUAAGGUGCCAUGCAUUUUCAUUAUUCUUUUUAUGUAAGACAUAUAACUAUUUUACAUGUAUAUCUCAAAGCCAAAACUUCUUUUAAUUUCUAAAAAUGAUUUGUUUCUCUAUUGACUGAAAGAUAACGCAGUAGCUUCUACGACCGUCUCAGGAGCAAUUCAGGGCAAGUUGUUCAGUGCCCCGGCACAAACCUUUAGAGGAAUUGAAGGAGUUCAAGUCUCACCAGCAAUACCAGUUACACAGAAAUCUUCUACUGAGAAAAGUAAAGGUAAGAAAAAAAACUUGAUAUUUGAGAAUUUCCAAGUAUCAAAUGAACUAUUAUUUGUAGCCUGUUUUUCUGGCGGGAUUGUUAUGCCUGGGGUAUUUUCUUGGCAGCCGAGACGAUUUUUCCCCGGCGCUAUCCCGCAGACACGCAGGGUAGAACUUUACAGAGCUUUAAUAAGGUUAUCAAAUUUUCAUCAUACCCCGUGCCUUUAAUACUUGGCUUGUUGCUUUGCUGAAAAAAGUACUUUUGAUGGUUUAGCUUCAUCGUAAACGUCUUCCUAGUAAGCUUUUCUCCGUUCUCAUUACAGCGCGCAGCUUGAGAUCAGGAAGGUUGGUUUUAAGGAAAUACCUAAUUCCUCUACAUAGUUUUGGGUCGACAUUAGGAUGAGCUGAAUACAUUUAUCACUACUGCUAGAAUUAAAGUUAUUAUGAUGAUGGCGGUAGUGAACAUUGUGACAUUAAGGCCAUUUAUACGAGGAAAAAUAAGACGCGUCUUCAAUAAGACGCGAACUUUCCGUAUAAAUGGCGCAUUUCGUCUAAAAUAAGACGCGGCUUAGCAAAGACGCGUCUUAUUUUAGAACAGCCCUUAACACCUGUUCUUAGAUAAGACGCGCCUUAGCUGAGACGAGAAAAACUUCGUAUAAAUGACCUUCGCUUCUUACAUAAAACGCGAACGCAUAGUACGCAUGCGUUAAUUUUUGGCGCGCCACGUUGGAUUGCCGUUGCUACGGGCAACAUACACAUGAAAACGAGUCAAGAACAGAAAUAAGACGCGAACCAUUCAUACGAGCUGUUCUCGUCUUAGAUAAGACAUGCUCGUAUAAAUGGUCCAGUUCGCGUCUUAUUUAAGACGCGUCUGAUGUAAGACGCGUCUUAUUUUUCCUCGUAUAAAUGGCCCUAUUAUGUCAUUUUCAUCUCUGAAGAUAGUAGUAUUAACCAAAACGAAAAAUGUAGCGUCGUAAAUAACAUUGUUCGCUUUCAUCGAUUAUCCUUGACUUGUUUUCUUGCUUCACUCACAUCAGGUGAAUUAAUAUCCGUUUCCAUAAAGUUAUGUUGUAUAUUAUAUUGUUGCAUUUCUGACCAUUUGAAAGGAAGGGCGUUGGACAUUGCUUGAAUUGCAAGCUAAAUUUAGAAUUGUAGCUGAAGAGCUAACGAUAUCCCCCUUUUUCUAUUCCAGGCUCCUCCUUUGCUGCGUCUACUUCCAAGAGUUCAGCUCCUGCGCCUGCUCUUACGCCUGCUUCUGCCCCUGCUGGCCCUGGCCCUGCCCCUGUCCCUGUCCCUGCCCCUUCUGUUACAUCAGAUGCGUCAGCACAGGCAGGGCAAGGUCGCCUUCAACAUGAUUCCAUUGUUGGACCACCACCUAGGCGAUAUGUCAAUUAUCUGGCGUACCAAGGAUACUCAGUGGAAAUCAUUGGUGGAAAGCAAAGCUGGCCGCUAUAGUACUAAUUUACAUACCUAUCCGAUGUGCGACUCUCCACUCAGUUUAGAGAUCGGAGCGGCCCAAAUUCGCUCCGUUACAGAAAUCGCGCCAAAAUCACCGUUCUUAUGUGUGAAUAGAAACCCGAUCCGGUAUCGAUUUCGUUUCGGUGCAAGAGCUAGCUAUCCGGUAUAGAUGAACACAGCCUUAGGUUCCGCACUAGGUUGCCAAAGUCAACCGUCGCAAAAUAAAAAGGCCAUUAAUGUUUUGAGGCUCUUGAUAUAUUCUACUCACAGCUGAUAUUUACAAGGAAGGAGAGAUACAGCAAAAACACUGUCGCAUUUCGGAAGAGUUUUUAGAUUGAAUGAAAGAAGUUUGACGGUUAAGCUUCGUCGAUACUUGGUCCGCGCGAUAAAGACCACAUCUACGGAUAUUUUUUUAUGGUUAACUUUAUGCUCGAUCUCUGUCCUUUGCAAAGGUUGCAACUUAGACGUAUCCAUAGAUGGCUAUGACGUUGGAGGCUGGGUCGUAUAUGGAGGACAGGAGUUAACGAUAGAACGACCAGCAUACGAGGCUAAGAAGUUCACUUUCUAUCGCGUAAAAACCGCACCCAAAGAAGCUGGUAUUGAAUCUGGCCGGGAUGAAAAUGGUCUUGUAAAGUGUGUGUUUACACCAGAAGCCUGCCUAGACAUCUCAGUUGCUAUUUCUGGCUUACCUCACCCGCUGGAAGUGAAUAUUGCCCCAGACGCAACGGUUGGGGAUUUGAAACGUCAAGUACAGAGUCAGCUAAAUGCUGCCAACGAUCCCGAUCAACUUCUUGUUCUCAAUGACAAAGUGUUGCCAAAUUCUUCCCGUUUAAGGUCAGUAAUUAAAUGUAAAAAUUACGCAAAAUGCACACGAGAGGCCUUGUCAUUAUGACAAUGUCUAGCUAGUAGAAGCUGUGUAUUUUUUUUUAUCAGGGCAGAAACGGCUGCCGAGUUUCUGUCCACCCAGGUCAUGGAAAAUUCCCAGUUUUAAGCCAUCCUUUUUUGGCUGCGAAUUCGUUGCGUGUCUGGUAAAGCCGACUAAAAACAGUUCACAUUUUCAUUCUGUUUUUGGGUAUGGCCAAGGAGUUGAAUUGUCUUGGAAUUGCCGCGAACUUGAAAUCCAGCCAGCAAUUAGAGCAGGAUUUGAACUCGAGACCACCGCUUACUACUCGGCUUCGCUAUAUACCUCUAAUAAGCGAGCGCGUUCUUUUCAUGAGUCUAGAUGCUAAGACCUUCAACAGAGGGUUAUCGAUCGGGCAGUUUCCAACGGGCUCUCUUGCUAAGAAUUAAUUUGGAUGUUUUAACAUUAGUAGUAGUAGUAGUAGUAGUAGUAGUAGUAGUAGUAGUAGUAGUAUUUGUAGUAUUUGUAGUAUUUGUGGUGAUUACAGAACUUUCUUAACGUGUCAAGAAACUCUAGCGCAUAGCACUAAUUGGUGACACAAAAAUAAAAAUAAAAUAAAUAUAUAAAUAAAUGAAAAUCAAAUAUUUAAAUAGUGUUAAAAUAAUGUUAAUAUAGAGAAGCAAAUAGUAAAAACUAGGGAGGUUAAAAAUCUAAACGUAUUUACACGUAAAAACAAGACAUGUACAUGAUAAAUUUUGCUUUGUAACAUAGGGUCUCAGAGUUAAUUAUUACAAAGCAUGCGAUUUCUAAAGCCAUCCUCGAAUAAGGCAGUCAGGUCUGUUUUCGUAAUUUUAGUCUUAAAUUUGCACAGACUAUCCUCGGCACGUAAUUCCUUUGUAAGUUUCGACCAGAGGAAAGGGCCAUAAUAUCUUAAUGAAUGCUUUCCAUAUUUAAUCGUAUCAAAACGAGGAAGAUUGAAAUCCGAAUUUCUUAAUUUUUUUUCUUGUUAUAGCUACUUGGUGAAAUCGCCUGGAAACUUGAGAAACCUGAGAUUAGUUGAUGCCGAAUUGGAGAUAACAGUAGAGGUAUCGUCUAGUGAAAGAUUUCCGGUAAAGCUACGACCAAGCAAAGCAAAUGUCAUUGAUUUGAUGAAAGUGAUAGAGGAGAAGCUUGGAAUUCCCGUAAGUGACCAGGAAAUCUACCACGGAAAAACCCGACUGUCAGACGCACCACGGAGAAGCCUUCCUUCGAAACUCAUCUGCAGUAUACAGCCAAGUGUAGUUGUGACUGUACGAUACAUCACUAUAACCGUCGAGGACAUGGAAAGUGGCGAUGGUUGCAUAAUGAAGGUUGAUAAACGAAAAACUUUAAAGAACCUUUUGGAUGAAAUAUCACUGUGCAAAAACAUGUCAGAAAAUGAAAAAGCGUCCGUUACAUUUUAUUUCAAAGGAGAAGGACUCUGUCCUUCUGAAAAUGACCAAUCCUUAUCAAGCCUUGGCUUUAGCAGUGGUUCCAAGAUAGAAAUGAAGAGGUAA